CAUGGCGGAAUCGGUUGCGGGGAGGUUGCUUGAAUUCUCUCAGCUGCCCCCCUGACCUAAUACUCGCUGGCACAAGCUGCGCCCGGAGACGUGGGAGCGUUCUCUUGUUUUCCGAGUGCGCAGACUCAUCGGGUCACAGUUUAUGCUUUUGUGACGCGGUGAGUCCAGCCACUGAUUCCUAACGGUUUAGAAUGCUUGGGCGUCCUGGACGCUGGCCCGCCUGGUGGCUGUAGAAGACGCGACGGAUCCCGGGAUGGGGCUGGAGGUUUGCAAGAGUCCAUCCGAAGGGAUUCUGGCUGCGAGUGUGACAGAGUGUGUGAAAGCCUCAUGGAGGAUCUGAUUGUAGUGCGAGCGAGAGUGAGUGCCCGCGAGGAGUUGUCACUUGAAUGAAAGUCUCGGAUUCACCGCCUCUAAUCUUCCCUUCUUCGACUGUAAAAUGGUGAAAAUAAGGGUGCUUCUUCCAGGACGUCAGUUUACUCGAAAAUUUGGAAAAGAAAAGGCUAAAUAAUUGAUCUCAUAAAUACUAUAAAACAGGAUUUCUGUAUAAAAGAUAAAUUUAUUGUUGUAUAGAAUACCAAAUCAGUGUGAAUUUUAAAUACAGGAAGAAAUAUUUUAAAGGAGCUUAUUUUGUGGGACUCCUGCUUUUGUGUCAGACCCUCAGAGUAGGCAUUUAUUCUGUUGUUUAGGGAACACAACAGAUUUGAGAAGCCUCGGAUUAAGGAAUAAUUUAUGAAGCCCCGUUGACUACCGUGGAGAGAUCAUAAUUUGGGGUUCAAGAUUCCAGUCUGUGUUUUUCCAGAAGUGCCCUGAGGAGCAGGGAAGCAUGGCUAUUGUGUAUGUAAAAGCCAUGUUCAAGAUGGGACCAUCUAGUUGCAGAAAACAAGCUCGGGGUUCCUGCUGAUUCUACAUUAUGCUAUGCUGUUUAGGUAUGAGACCAAGGAGUUACCUCUUAAGAAUGGCACUUUUGAAAAGGAAUCAUUAAAAUGGAAAAUAAUAGAAAGAGUCAGAAGUUCUUGCCUUGAGGAAUCUUGUUUGGGAAAUGAUUGGAAAUGCAAAGGACUCUUUGAGAGACAACAGGAAACUACAGAGGAAUAUUUCAGGCAUAUAACUGUGCCAUUUGAAAAAAUAUUAUCUGAAUUCAUCCAGCCUACAUAUUUUCUUCUAAAUCAAAUACUUCAUACUGGAAAGAAACUCUAUGAACAAAAAAAAUGUGAAAAUGUUACUCAACAGGGAAGAAUUCAUGUAGUGACAAGCUUGAUGAAAUGUGUGGGAAUACCUCUGUAUUUUACACAAAUCAUAUGAAACAUUAGACAAAUUUUAAUGCAAAGAAAUGCAAUGUAUUUAAAGAAUGUGGCAGAGACUGCUUGCAACUUUCAACUAACUCAAUAUCAAGAAAGUCAUGCUAAUCAGAAACCCUAUGAAUGUCAGAUAUGUGGAAAGCCCUUUAGAAAGUGUGCCCACCUUACCCAACAUAAUCGAAUUCACAUUGGUGGGAAACCAUAUGAAUGCAAAGAACGUGGGAAAGUGUUUAUCUGUUGUUCAUCAUUGAUUAAACAUAAGAGAACUCACACUAAUGAGAAACCCUAUGAAUGUCUGGAAUGUAGGAAGACGUUUAGGCAGAGUGCACAUCUUAUUCGACAUCAAAGAAUUCAUACUUGUGAGAAACCUUAUAAAUGUAAGCAGUGUUGGAAGGCCUUUGCUUCUGUUUCUGAUUUAAUAGACAUCGGAAAAUUCACACUGGUGAGAGACUUAACGAAUGUAAAAAAUGUGGGAAGGCAUUUAACAAUCGCUCAACUCCUAUUCAGCAUCAGAGACUUCACACUGGUAAGAAGUCCUUUGAAUGUAAGGAAUGUGGCAAAGCAUUCAAUAAUUGCUGAACACUUACUCAACACCAGAGAACUCAUACUAAUGAGAAAUCUUAUGAAUGUCAGGAAUGUAAAAAGGCUUUUAGGCAAAGUGCACAUCUUACUCAACAUCAAAGAAUUCAUACUGGUGAGAAACCAUAUGAGUGUAAGGAAUGUGGGAAGGCUUUCACUUGUGUUUCUGAUUUUAACAGACAUCAGAGAAUUCACACUGGUGAAAAACCCUAAUGUAAAGAAUAUGGUAAAGCCUUUAACAAUUGUUCCGCUCUUAUUCAGCACCAGAGAAUUCACACUGGUGAGAAGCCUUAUGAAUGUAAGCAGUGUGGGAAGGCUUUUGUCUCCUGUCCAACACUUGUUCAACAUUAGAGAACACAUACUAAUGAAAAACCUUAUGAAUCUCAGGAAUGCAAGAAGGCCUUUAAGCAGAGUGCACAUGUAAUGAGACAUCAAAGAAUUCACAGUGGGGAGAAACCCUAUGAAUGUAAUGAAUGUGGGAAUGCCUUCAUUUGUUUUUCUGAUUUUAAUAGACAUCAGAGAAUUCACAAAGGAGAGAAACCCUAUCAGUGUAAAGAAUGUGGGAAGGUUUUUAAUAAUUAUCCAACUCUUACUCAACAUCAAAUAAUUCAUACCAGUGUCAAACCCUAUGAAUAUAAGGAAUGUGGAAAGACCUUUACUUGGCUGUCAAACUUGAAAAAACAUCAGAGAAUUCACACUGGUGACACCCUAUGAAUGUAAAGAUUGUAAAAAAGCUUUUGUUAUUCAACGUUUAUUCAACACUAAUAGGACUCAUACUAAUGAGAAACCCUAUGAAUGUCAGGAAUGCAGCAAGGCCUUUAGGCAGAAGAGCCCAUCUUACUCAACAUCAAAUAAUUCAUACUGGUGAGAAACCCUAUGAGUUUAAGGAAUGUGGGAAGGCCUUUGCUUGUUUCCUACUUUAAUAGACAUCAGAGAAUUCACACUGGUGAGAAACCUGAUAUCAGUGUAAAGAAUGUAGAAAAUCCUUUAUUGAUUGCUCAACUCUUAUUCAACACCAGAGAAUUCACACUGGUGAGAAACCCUUUGAAUGUCAGGAAUGUAGGAAGGCCUUUAGGCAGAGGGCGCAUCUUACUAAACAUCAAAGAAUUCAUGCUGGUGAGAAAUCCUAUGAAUGUAACGAAUGUGAGAAGGCCUCUUCUUGUCUUUCACAGGUGAAAAAGCACCAGAGAAUACAUACAUGAAGGGAUAAAUCUUAUGUAUUUGAAUAGUGUCUUUUUAUUUAACAAUCCGUACCUAAUAUCACCAAAUUCACAUUGCAGAGAAACUUCAGAAAUAUAAGAAAUGUGGGAAACACUUUUACCUGUCCCUCAGCUAUCCUUUUUCAUAAUAGAAUUUGUACUGGUGAGAAGCCUUAUGAAAGCCAGAUAUGUGUAAAGUCUACUCUCACAAUAUACUCAACAUUAUAUAAUGUAUAUUGUGAUUAAUACAGGAAACCCUUGAUUUUGAAAUUAUCAGUUAUGGAAUAGCAAACAGUUUGUAAGUGAAGAAAAUCCAGUGACUGUGUAAAUUUUUUUGCCUCAUAAUUCACAAUUUAUUAAGCAUCAGAAUUUAUAUGGGAAAAAUGAGAUAUCAAUUAUUAAUAAAAACAUUAUUACCACUAAAAUUAUAUUUGACUUAUCAUAGAGAAUAGCAUAUAGAGGAUAAUUAUGUCGACUUUGUGAAUGUAGAAGAGCGUUUAUCUAUAAUACGAAUCUUUUUCAGCAUCAUUAUACUUUCACCAGUUUCCACGUCUGUUUUAUUACCAAGUAAUUUGUAUACUUCAGAUUACAAAUUUCUUACAUUGUGAUAAAGUUAUUGUGAAGAUUAAAUGAGUUUAUCCAAAGACUUUUGGAAUAGUUAUUGGCAAAUAGAAAGUAUUCAGUAAAUAUUGGCUGUCAUGAUUAUCACCUUCAUUAGUACUCUUGGAAUAUUUAUAUAAGAACAUUUAAUUAUGCAGAUUUUAUUAAUGAAAUCUACCAUCACAGUUUCUCUGAUUGCAAAUCUAUGAUAAUUUAUUCUGGAAUGAAAAUUAUUAGAAUAUAGUGAGUAUGAGGAAACAUUUAUUUAAAUUUAUUUUAGUUGAAUCAGAAAAUUCACUCUGGAAACACUGAAUGGAUAUAGUAAGUAAAUUUUUUUAGAGUAAAGUUGAUAUGAGAAGUGAUAUAUCUGAAGCAAGUUUCAAAAAGCAGUGUACAUUUUCUGACAAUAACUCAAGACAGGCUGGGUGUGGUGGCUCACGCCUCUAAUCUUAGCACUUUGG